GUGACGUGGAUGCUGUUGCCGUGGAAGAAGGACUAUUACAUAGGAAAAAGGAAACAGCUGACCGGGACACAUGGUCUAAACAGUCUGACUUUAUCCUGUCCUGUGUGGGGUGUGCUGUAGGACUAGGGAACAUAUGGCGGUUCCCCUACCUUUGCUAUAAAAACGGAGGAGGUGCCUUCCUCAUUCCCUACAUGACGUUCCUGGUGCUAGGAGGUGUUCCACUCUUUAUGUUGGAGGUCGGGCUGGGCCAGUACAUGAGUCGGUCCGGUUUGAAGGCGUGGGAUAUCUGUCCACUCUUCCAAGGAAUCGGAAUAUCGAACGUGGUGACCUGCUUCUUCAUGAACAUUUAUUAUAUAUUGGUGCUCGCUUGGGCUGCUUACUAUCUGGUCCUGAGUCUGACCACCGUCCUUCCCUGGUCAAACUGCGACAACAGUUGGAACACACCGAG